GCCUCGCUGGUGCGCAAGAAGCACGUCCUCUCCCGUCUCCACGAUGCCCUGGCCUGGCAGGCACUGCCGGUCGUCCAGCUGCUGGCACCGGACGAGAGGGUCUGCCUUCAUUUGAUAGGAACUCUCUUUGGGAUGUUGCAUACUGUGGAAGACAGCAGUGCCCUGGACCUGUUUGUAGAAGUUCUGGUGCGGCUUGUAGUGGAGCUGAAGUCAGAACAGUACUUACGCUGCAUUUUGGAGGAAAGCCAAAAAGAGCUGUGCAAAGCAACUUCCAUGAGAGGCAGCCUGCCCACUUUCACUCUCCUGGGCAAGCUGACAGACGCCAUCCCAGGCUUUGCUGAUAUACUGGUGGUAGAGCACAGUAAUUUAGUGGAUCAUCUGCUGAUGGGCUUGAUGUACCCAAAUGAAGGUAUAAAGGCUGCCGUCUGCUACUUGUAUGGCAAGCUCUACUCCUCUUCUGUUGGCGCAGAACGGCUCUCAGCACACUUUGAAGAAAGGCUGUGUGGUCUCUUCUUGAAUACCUUGGGGCGUGCGCAGACAAAGGAGCUGCAGGUUAAUUGUUUGGGUUUGCUAAAGGAGCUGCUGAGAUCUGACCAUUUUGUAUCCAUUCUUAUGAAUAAUUCAAAGACAGAGGAGGAGCCUGAGACCCCUGAAAUUUUAGAAGAGGAAAAUCCACUGCCACUUGUUCUCAAAAAGCUUUUGUUGACCAGAGAUGAGAUGUUACAGGCAGCAAGUUCUCACUGUGUGGCUGCAGUGCUCGUUCAUUCUCCCAGCAGAUAUGCUCCUGCUUUUAUCCAUGCAGAUGUUCCAGAAUUCCUGUUUGAGUGUCUCUCAUGCAACAGUGAAAUUCUCAUCUGGUCAGUGUAUUGCUGCCUGCUCCUCCUCACUGAAGAGCGCCUUUUCUUCUCAAAGUGUCACACAGUCUAUGGCAUUGAAUCUCUGGUGAGGAGUCUCCAGGAUGUCCUGCAGCUGAACAAUGUGGAGUUGCACAAACAAGGGCUCCUGCUCUUCACUGAAAUACUGAAACGGCAACCAGUGGAAAUCAAAUUAUUCACAAACCGAGGUGUAUGCAUGGAAGCCAUUCAUGUUUUGAUGGAGACAGUGAACUGCCCAGUACUGGAGGUGGUGAUGGAGGCUGUGAGAGCUGUGGCAGCUUUCCUGAGGAAGGACCAUCUGAGCUCACCUCCAGUUCCAUAUGAAGAGCUGCAGAAGCUGCUGGAGGCAGUGCUGAAGCGCUGUGCUGACCUUUCCCCACCACAGAGUAGCAAGAGGCAUGCAGGGGAUCUGUUCUCAGUGUCUCAGGAUCACCCAGCAAACAGAAAUCUCAGCAGAAUUCCUCAGAGACAGGGCCAGCUCUUGCUCAACACCCUGGAAAGUUUCAGAAAUGCUUGCAGGUUAGCAGUGGAAUUUCAGAGUGACCCCAUGGCCCAGGAGAACGCUUUCACUGCCCCCAACUCUGAGAGCAAGGACACACUGAGCAACUUCUCAGAGUUCCUGUUGAGGAUUUGUGAUGGUCUCUGCAUCCCCAUGGUCAUGAAAUACCUGGAAAGGGCUGUCAGCCCGUCAAUGAUGGAGGUUUUCAUCUCAUCACUUAAUACCCUCUUUACAGUCAUGCCAAAUAUGCGGAAUAAGUUCUCCAAAAAGCUGGCAUCCUCCUCCUUCAUCCGACUGACACUGGAGCUGAAGGCCAGGUUUUGCUCUGUACAAAGUAAUCCUGCCUUGAAUCAGGCCUGUUCCAGCUUCCUCUACAGCUUGUGCCUGAGCCUUUAUUCUGCCACAGAAAAGGAGAGAACUUCUUCUCAGGAGGAACAAGAGAUGUCUGAGCUCCUGCAGAAGGGUCUGCCUCAAUUAAAUUACACUGUUGCUGAAAGCCUUCUCCUUCUGGCUGAAACCCCUGAGCCUUUCUCUUUGGAUCAGUCUCUUUGCAGCCACCAACAUUGCUUCAUACUACUCUUAUACUUUUCCUACACCCUUGGGGACAGGUUUGUCCCAGAAGCAGAAUUAUUUUUAGCCAUAAAAAAUUUCCUCAUAUCAGCACAGGACCAUGGAGACUGUCCCCCUCCGUACAUACUCAGAGCUGCUUUUUACCUCCUUGCUGUCUGUCAGGACAAAGGCAAAGCCCUGGACUUGAGGUCGUUGUGUACCAUAAAGAGGAUCCUGAAUAAUCUUCCAGAUCUGAGCUUUGUCUACGUCCAUUGUCCUCUCCUGCUGAAAUUCUUCCUGCACUACCCUGAACUUACGGGGAGAUUUGGACACCAGGUCCUCCAACUCUGGUUUUCCUGGGGAGACUGCAAGCAAACUGAGACUGAAGAAGCUGGUUUUGGUGUGUCUGAUCAGCUGGACACUGCUAACCCAUUACUUCCCAUUCUGAAGAGCAAUUCCAGCAUUUUACUUAUUUUACUGGACCUGGUCUGCUCAAGCUCUGUGGAGGUGGCUUGGAAGGUGUUGAUGACUCUAAGGACCUUCCUGGAAAAAAAUGAGGAUGUCCUUGUCUGUGACCUCCUCCGGAGUCAGUUCCUACAGAUUCUGCAGCAGCUGCUGGUAGAGAGCAGCUCAGCCUCCUUACAAGCUAACAGGAACCUGCCUGUUUUGCUGAGCCUCCUUUUCCUGGUGCAGCUGCGGAGCAAGGGUGUGAGGGAGCUGGACAGCACAGACUUCAAGCUGCUUCAUCAGGUCAGUAAUCUCUGUGGGAAAUGCAAGCCGAGGGACACUGACCUCCUGCAGCCUUCCUUGAAUUUUCUGUACUGCAGCCUUCAUCAGACAACACCUUGUAGUCAACAGAGAGCAGUGGCGGUGCUGCUCUCCAAUGUGCCCUUGCUAGAGCUCCUGCAGAAGGUUUUGGAGUGCACCUGGUUGCAGUCCCCUCCUUCUGAACCUGCUUACCUGUCAUCUGAAGAUGCCUUGCUGUGCUCUGGAUGGCUGUUGGUUGCGUCCCUCUUACUUUAUCAGCAUCGCUACAAUACUGAGGUUCACCAGACGCUCUCUCUAGACCUAACAGAAGUCUUGAAUGCAGUCAUCUUCAGGAAGAAGAAGCCAAUCCUGCUGUUAGUGAGCAUCAUGCAGUUCCUGAGAGCUGUCCUGCGACAGAACUUCUCCUCCUCUCUGCUGGUGACCGUUGGCCAAAACACAGCCCAAGGUGCUACGAGACCACAGCCAUCAUCACAGCAGGAUGCUGCCUUGCACCCCCUUGCCACGCAGCAGGUCUUCUCGCUUGUUGUCAGUCUACAGAACCUUUUGGUGCACGUCCAGUUGCAGAAAGACUUGCUGCUCUCUCAAUCGGUGGUUGCCUGCCUGGAAACCUUAGUGGAAUACCUGUAUGUGAAGAACCAGGAUGUUGCUCUACAUGUUGCUUCACAGCCCUGGCACCGAUUCCUGCUCUUCACACUACUCAGUGGGAGCCAGAAGUCCUUUCUGCAGCCAGAAGUUCUCAGGCUUAUUACUUUGUUUCUGAGAUAUCAGAGCAGCAAUAUUAUUUCUCAAAAGGAAAUUAGCCAGAUUCUCCAGGAGGCAGUAGAAGCCAACCUGGCAGAGCUGCCUGAGGCCACAUCUCAUGCUCUUCACCUCUUCCUUUGUCAGGUUCAGAGCAGUCAUUGCCAGGUGGAGCCACUGCAGUCAGGAACCAUUCAGACAUUGCUGGAGCGCCUCCUGGGACAGAGGAGCACUUGUGUGAAACAUCAGGACAUUGUAUGUCUGGGACGUGUGGCAGUGUCCCUCUCACACAUUGGGGACUGAAAUGAGAAGGUACGGUGCACGCAGCAGUGAAACAAGGCAAGAAUGGAACAGGAGACCUAUCCUGCCAUUUAUUCCCAGUGAGUAGUAGAGAGAAGAUGAACGAAGGAGUAAUUUGUAGCUCAUGCUCAGAAAAGCCUUUGUUGAAAAUCAUUUAU